CAUAUACCACUAAUCUUUUUUUUUUUAUUUUUAUUUUCAUCAUGGGCCUCGGUAAUUGUUGUUUUUGUAUUCCUUUAAGAGUUGGCGUUACUACAAUUGCUAUUGUAUCUUCUUUGUUUUAUAUAGCUAUUCUUAGUUGGUUAUUAGUGGAUAGAAAUGUUAUUUACACAUUACCUCAAGAAACAUUAUCAAGUGCCUCAGCCAUUUUUUGGAUACUAAUAGCUAUGAUAUCCCUAUUUGCUGCAUGUUCACUGUUUGGUGUUCUUGGUGGUCUUACACAAAACAAAACCAUGAUCAACAUUUUUCGAUACCUUUAUUGGACAGUAACCAUUCUAUUACUCAUCUCAUCUACAGCCAUUUGGAUUUUUAUGAUGGUGAAACAAAACAGCCUAGUGACGAGUUGUCAAGACUAUUUGACACUGUCAACAGCAUCAUCCGAUUCAUAUUACUCAGCUGUCACUUUACCUGAUGGAAUUGCAAGUACAUUGCAUAAGGAAGAUUGUGUGACAGCUGUUCGACAAUGGUUGAUUAUCAGUGGCAUUAUUGUUUUUUUAGGCAAUUUUGUUCAGGUAUAUUUUGCAUCUACUAUCAGUGCUUAUGCUCGACGACUAAAAGCAGGAAUGACAUCACAACAUCAACAACUUCGAGAUUUGGACGACUUUCCCGAGAAAAUGUCUGUUUAUUAAUCUAAUAAACGUGUCAACUAUAAAAGUAAACUAUUGUUUAUAUAGGCAUAAAACAAAAAGACAAAACAGGACACGUGAAUCAAACUCGU